AUGACUUGCCGGUUGCUUCAGCCCACGCCGUUUCUCCCACUGGCGCUAGCGCUGCUGUUGCUGGCAAUGUGCUGCGCUGCUGGGUGCCUCGCCGCUGCAGAUCGCCGUGCGUUCGACGAGGUGCUUCGGAGGAGCGUCCGGCCGUCGACUGCGGUGCUGCGUGAGGUGCCGCGCAGGGGACAGGGCGCGAUGCAGGCGUACACCGUCGCCACUGCAGGGGACGAAGACGAUGGCUGGGCGCCCAUCCGCAUUAAAGUGUUCACGGAGGAUCUGGAGAAAGAAAGUCGUGGGAGGAAGAAGAGGUACUGCGAGGCUGCGGGGGAUAAGUGCACCAACUACCUGGGGGCAACUAUAACGUGCAGCAUCACGGACGUAUUGUCGGGUGAAAAGAAGCAACGGUAUAAGGAGACGAUUAUUCCCGGGGCCGUCAAGCUACACGCGGAGCGACUCCUCGUCAA